UUUCUGGUGCCCAACUCCGAGGUUCGCAGCUUCCCUGUCUCCUGCUGUUCCACGGGAGGCAGCGCCGGGAGGAGCCGCGUUCCUGCCUCCUUUUCCUGGGAAACUUCACCAUGCGGCUGGAAGAACUCAGGAGGCUCCAGCACACCCUGGAACAGGUCAAUGAUGGCAAAGACUCACUCCAAAGCCAUCAACUCACCAUGGAUGAAGAAAAUAAUAUCCAGGAAUAUCCUAUCAACCUCCAGCCCCUGGAAUCCAAAGUGAAAAUCAUCCAGCGAGCAUGGCGUGAGCACCUGCAGCGCCAGGACCUGUCCCCAUCCCCGGAGCUACGGGACAAGGGCAGCCCGUCCUCAGCGUCCCCGACGUCCCCAGUGUCCCCAAUGUCCCCAAGGUCGCCAGCCUCGGGCAAGAUGAGCAGGUCUGUCAGCAUGAACACCUUCUCCGACAGCAGCACCCCCGAUUCCCGGGAGGAUGGCAUGGAUUUAGGCAGCGACGCCGGCAGCAGCCGCUCCAGCUCGGAAUCCAACUCCAGCAAAGCCACGCCGUGCUCGGAGGGCAAGUCCUCGCCGUCCCCCAGCAGCCUGGACCUGGCGGCGCUGGAGGACUCGGAGGAGGAGGAGGAAGAGGAGGAGGACGGGGGGUCCCCGCCGUCCCCGCCGCGCUGCCCGGCCGCCCAUGGGCGCCGCUGCGGCCCCGCGGCCGCCGCUGCCCGGCGCUGCCCCCGCCCGCGGCCCCCGCCCCGCUCGGACCCCGCGCAGCGGCGGCGCGGAGCGGCCGCGGGGCCCGGCGGGCGGCGGAGCGCGGGGGCGCGGCCCCCCCGGGACCCGCAGCCCCCGGCCAUGGACUGGGCAGCCCUGGAGAGGCACCUGGCCGGGCUGCAGUGCCGGGAGCAGGAGCGCAAGGCGCGGGCCAGCCCCGCCUCGGCCCAGAAGAAUGAGCGUGAGUCCAUCAGGCAGAAGUUGGCUCUGGGCAGUUUCUUCGACGAUGGCCCCGGGCUCUACACGAGCUGCAGCAAGAGCGGGAAGCCCAGCCUGUCCUCCCGGUUACAGAGUGGGAUGAACCUGCAGAUCUGCUUUGUCAACGACAGCGGCAGCGACAAGGACAGCGACGGCGAUGACAGCAAGACAGAGACCAGCCUGGACACGCCCUUGUCACCCAUGAGCAAGCAGAGCUCAUCCUACUCGGACAGAGACACGACGGAGGAGGAGUCGGAGUCCCUGGAUGACAUGGAUUUCCUCAGCAGGCAGAAGAAGCUCCAGGCUGAAGCCAAGAUGGCCUUGGCUAUGGCCAAGCCCAUGGCCAAGAUGCAGGUGGAGGUGGAGAAGCAGAACAGGAAGAAGUCGCCAGUAGCAGAUCUCCUGCCACAUAUGCCUCAUAUAAGUGAAUGCCUGAUGAAGAGAAGUUUAAAACCCACUGACCUAAGGGACAUGACCAUUGGGCAGCUACAGGUGAUAGUCAACGACCUGCACUCACAGAUAGAAAGCUUGAACGAGGAGCUGGUGCAGCUGCUGCUGAUCCGGGACGAGCUGCACACGGAGCAGGACGCCAUGCUGGUGGACAUCGAGGACCUCACCAGGCACGCCGAGAGCCAGCAGAAGCACCUGGCAGAGAAGAUGCCAGCCAAGUGAAUCCCUCCUCCUGCCUCUGUCCUGUCCAGGGAAUGAGUUCCAGUGUUGCUCAUUGACCAUGUCCCAAGCUUUCUGUCUGGUGAUUGGCCUCUGCUUCUUAAUUUAUUUUAAUUUUUUUACUUGUGCCACUAAAUAUCAGGCAUUUUAAUAAUAAUAAUGUUGUUAUUAUUAUUAUUACAGAAACAAAGAGAAUUGUACAGUACUUAUAACAUUAUAAAUCAUGGGCGAGAAGAGAGGGUAGUUUAACUUUAUUUUUUGGUCGUUUAGAGAUUUUUUGGGUUGGAUGAUAUUUUACCAUUGACUACUUUUUUAUUCCUCACUGUAGUUUUGAAAUAAAGAACCUGUUCUUGACGGUGCUAUACAAGUCAACAGAAAAUCCAUGCCUGCCUCGUAGUGACGUCGUAGCUUUCAGUAAUCUGUACAUUUUACUCAGUUCUCAGCAUUUUGGGGAAUGUUGACUACCUGACAUUCAUUUUAGGUGUGCUAUUAACACUCGGUGGGGUGCAGAGAGUUGGAAGUUUUCUGUAUAAAGCUGUAAAAUAAAAAUUACCACCAUUGUUUCCUA